GGCAUCAUGGCACUCACAUUCGAGCUAAUCAGACCGGCGCCACUCUCCCAGCGGGUGCGCUCCCGGGACGGGCUCAUCUACAUGUACCGGGGCAUGUGGAUCAUCGGCUGGAUGCCGCCGGAGUCGGGUGUGUGGCGGUAUGUGUAUCUCACUUGGACAGCUGCGACCCUGGUCUUCGGGGUCAUUUAUCUGCCGGUGGCGUUUCUCACCAGCUAUGUGCUGGAGUUCAGUAGCUUUGCGCCCAGCGCGUUCUUCACCUCGUUGCAGGUGGCCAUCAAUGUGUACGGCUCGUCGUUCAAGUCCAUGAUCACGUACAUUUUCAUGUGGCGGCUGAGCAAAACGGAGACGCUGCUGGACAGGCUGGACGAGCGGCUGCAGAGCGACGAGGAUCGCCAGAAGAUCCACCAUGUGGUGGCUCGCAGCAAUUACGCCUUUCUGAUCUACACCUUCAUCUACAACGGCUUCGCGAUCUCCACCUUCCUGUCCAUGGUGCUGAGCGGCAGUCCGCCGUGGGCCAUCUACAAUCCGUUCAUUGACUGGCGCGAAGGCAUGCUCAGCUUGUGGGCCGAGUCGAUCUUUGAGUACAUCGUUAUGUCCAUUGUGGUGCUGCAGGAUCAGCUGGCCGACUCGUACCCACUGAUGUACACGCUCAUCUUUCGCGCCCACUUGGACGUGCUCAAGUCGCACAUACGAAACCUGCGCAUGGAUCCCACAAAGAGUGAAGACGAGAACUACCAGGAGCUAGUCAACUGCAUAAUGGAUCACAAGCUUGUGCUUAGAUGCUGCAAUCUGGUUCGGCCAAUCAUAUAUCGCACAAUAUUUGUGCAGUUCCUGCUGAUUGGCCUGGUGCUGGGCCUCACUCUGCUGAACAUAUUCUUCUUCUCGAACUUCUAUCAGGCCGUCGGCUCCAUUCUCUUUGUGCUCACCAUACUGCUACAGACGUUCCCCUUCUGCUACAACUGCAACCUGCUGAUUGACGACAGCGACGACCUGGCCAACGCGGUGUUCCAGUCCAACUGGACCGAAGCGGAGCCGCGCUAUAAAAGGACCCUGGUCACCUUCAUUCAACACGUACAGCAGCCCAUUGUUUUCAUAGCAGGCGGCAUAUUCCCCAUCUCGAUGAACAGCAAUAUAAGCGUGGCCAAGUUUGCAUUCAGCAUCAUUACCAUAGUGAAGCAAAUGAAUCUGGCAGAGAAGUUUCAGUAGAGGCUGGAUCGCGUUUGCCCCACUGUGCAACGACAGCACUUUGGGGCUUAUCCUCUUUUUAUAUUAACGUAAAUUUUCAUCUUUAUUUAUUGCACCCUUAAACGAGUCUGGCGCGUGCCAAGUGCUCGUCUGCAAUUGCCUCUAAUACAAGUUCCCCCCCUUAGUAAAAAAAAUGUAAACCAGAGUAAUAGACACACACACACACACACAGACUCAGUCCCCACUGGGGCUCGGCAUUGUUUGUGGCUGGAAUUUGCAUAGAAUUUGUAUAUGUUAUAGUUUAUCUUAUAAGAUUUAGCUGAUUUAGUUGUGCUCUACAAUUGCGAGGCCCGCAAUGGUAAUGGAAAUGAAAAGCCACAAAACGGAUGGAAUACAACUCCCCUAGGAGGCGGCGGGGGCGGUGUAGCAACAUUUGCAAAUUGUGUUAACAGACGGAAAUUACAAACGAGAAAUGAGAAACAAGAAAUCUACCAAUGCCAAGACAUAAUCAGCCCACACAUAAAAAGAGCAGAAAGCAAAAGAAGCAGCCGAAGCAGAAGCAACUCCCUUGGCACCGUAGCUCUCGCAGGAAGUGCUACGCAUAUAUGUAUAUGUAUGUAUGUAUGUAUGUACAUAUUACUGUUUAUAUAUUGUAUGUGAUUUUUAUUUAAAUUUUAUGUUAAACACGUGACGGGCAGACAGCAAAAAUCAUAUAUAUAUAUUUAAAUAUAU